UGAAAAAUUCACUCAACAAAGCUAACCAUAAAACACUGUGUGAGUAAAACAGAGAAGAAACAACAAACAAACAAAAGAUGGUGCUAAAGGUGUACGGACCUCACUUUGCUUCACCAAAGAGAGCUUUGGUAACACUGAUCGAGAAGGGUGUCGCCUUCGAGACCAUCCCCGUCGAUCUCAUGAAAGGAGAACAGAAGCAGCCUGCUUAUCUCGCUCUUCAGCCUUUUGGUACUGUUCCUGCUGUUGUCGACGGUGACUACAAAAUCUUCGAGUCGCGUGCGGUGAUGAGGUACGUAGCAGAGAAGUACAGGUCACAAGGACCUGACCUUUUGGGGAAAACAGUAGAAGACAGAGGUCAAGUUGAGCAAUGGCUUGACGUGGAAGCGACCACUUACUACCCACCUCUACUGAACCUGACGCUGCAUGUAAUGUUCGCAUCAGUUAUGGGAUUCCCAUCUGAUGAGAAAGUGAUCAAGGAGAGCGAAGAGAAGCUCGCGGCUGUUCUUGAUGUCUACGAGGCACAUCUCUCAAAGAGCAAGUACUUGGCCGGUGAUUUCGUGAGCUUGGCUGAUUUGGCUCACCUCCCAUUCACUGAUUACUUGGUUGGUCCGAUUGGGAAGGCUUACAUGAUCAAAGAUAGGAAGCACGUGAGUGCUUGGUGGGAUGAUAUUAGCAACCGUCCUGCGUGGAAGGAGACUCUUGCCAAGUUUUCACUCCCGGGUUAAGGAUGAUUUCUUCUUGUGUGUUUGCUUGUGUGUUUUAUUUGAGGUUUAAUAAAAGUGGAACUCUCCAUAUAUAUGCCUCUUUAUGUAAUGUUAAUUCCUCUGUGUUCUCUUUCCCUUGUGUAAUUUAAUAAGUAUUCGAGUUGACUCCUUUGUGAGGCUAUUGAGGAAAUGAACUGAUCCUUAAUUAGUUUUA